AUGGGAAAUGAUACAGUGUCUCAGAAAGAUGAGCUAGAGGAGACUGUGGAAUGUGAACUCUGUUAUGUCUCUGUUCUCGUGGACCUCGUCCGCUCGGCCUGUUGGGGGCAGGACAGGGCUGCACGAGGCCCGCAGUCUGCGGGCGCCCUCCUGGCGGGCCGGUCACUUGGUUUCGGCCCUGGGGGCAGAGCGCACCUGGGUCAGCCCACUUCCGGGGAGGGAGGCCGAGGAGCCCCACCCCGCCGCCCACCCCGAACCCGGCCGGGGCUCCCACCGUGUGUACCUGGGCCGAUCCAUUCCCAGGGGCGCGCCGGGGGUGGAGCGGCUCGGAGACGCGCCGUGGGUCUACCCAGUUUCUCCCCGAAAGCUGAAGGCGUGCGCUUCAUCCACGUUAUUUUUGUUGGUCGAACUCCUCGAGCGCGGCCGGAGAGACUUGGAAUAGAGACAAGGAGCGGAAGUGGAAAGGGGAGGAGCGCGCACCCCUCCCGGCCUCGGUGCUCGCCGCGCCCCCUACCCUCCCGGUACUUGGGAGGGGACGCGCGGGGCCGACGCGCCCAGACGGCCGCGAUGGCGCGGGUGGCCUGUGGGCAUUCCUGGGCGCCCUGCGCCCACCCGGCCGCGGUGGGCUUCUUGUGGCUCUUUUUCAGUACCUGGUGCACAGCCCCUGCUGGUGGCAUCCAGGUGACUGUGUCUGACCCCUACCACGUAGUGAUACUGUUCCAGCCUGUGACCUUGCCCUGCACCUAUCAGAUGAGCUCGACCCUCCCAGAGCCCAUCGUAAUCUGGAAGUACAAGUCCUUUUGCCGGGACCGCGUUGCUGAUGCCUUCUCCCCAGCCAGUGUGGACAACCAGAUCAAUGCCCAGUUGGCAGCAGGCAAUCCCGGUUACAAUCCCUAUGUGGAGUGCCAGGACAGUGUGCGCACAGUCAGGGUUGUGGCCACCAAGCAGGGCAAUGCUGUGACCCUGGGAGACUACUACCAAGGCCGGAGGAUCACCAUCACAGGAAAUGCUGACCUGACCUUUGAGCAGACGUCUUGGGGGGACAGUGGUGUGUAUUAUUGCUCCGUGGUGUCGGCCCAGGAUCUCCAGGGGAACAACGAGGCCUAUGCAGAGCUCAUCGUCCUUGACUGGCUCUUCGUGGUCGUGGUCUGCCUGGCUGCCUUCCUUGUCUUUCUCCUCCUGGGCAUUUGCUGGUGUCAGUGCUGCCCACAUACCUGCUGCUGUUACGUCAGGUGCCCCUGCUGCCCGGAGAAGUGCUGCUGUCCCGAGGCCCUGUAUGCAGCUGGCAAAGCAGCCACAUCAGGCGUCCCAAGCAUCUACGCCCCAAGCACCUACGCCCACCUCUCCCCGACCAAGACCCCACCUCCACCGCCAGCCAUGAUUCCCAUGGGCCCUGUCUACAAUGGAUACCCUGGAGGGUACGCUGGAGAAUUUGACAGGAAUAGUUCAGUUGGCCACAGCUCCCAGGUACCCCUGCUUCGGGACACAGACAGCAACAUGACGUCUGAAGUCCGCAGUGGGUACAGGAUCCAGGCCAGCCAGCAGGAUGACUCCAUGAGAGUCCUGUACUACAUGGAGAAAGAGCUGGCCAACUUCGACCCCUCUCGACCGGGACCUGGCCCCCCCAAUGGUCGUUUAGAACGGGCUAUGAGUGAAGUCACCUCCCUCCAUGAAGACGACUGGAGAUCCCGGCCUUCCCGGGGUCCUGCCCUCACCCCAAUCCGGGAUGAGGAGUGGGGUCGCCACUCCCCCCGGAGUCCCAGGAGAUGGGAGCAGGAGCCCCCCACAGAGCGGCCAGGGGGUGGCUGGGGGGGCAGGCGGCCCCGGGCCCACUCUGUGGAUGCUCUGGAUGAUCUAACCCGGCCGGGUUCUGCUGAGUCUGGGAGGAGGUCUCCCCCAAGUAGUGGGAGGAGAGGACGUGCCUACGCACCCCCACGAAGCCGUAGCCGUGAUGACCUCUACGACCCAGAUGACUCGAGGGACUUUCCACAUUCGCGGGAUCCUCACUACGAUGACUUCAGGUCUAGGGACCGCCCUCAGGUGGACCCCAGAUCCCGCCAGCACCGAUCCCGAGACUCCCGGGAUGAAGGCUCUAGGUCUGGGGACCCGCAUUAUGAUGAGCGUCUACUAGAAGAAGCCUUAAGGAAAAAGGGGCCAGGGGAGAGGAGGAAACAUUACAGGGAGGAAGAGGAAGAAGAGGAGGCCUACUACCCUCCACCGCCUCCCCCGUACUCGGAGACGGACUCCCAGGCCUCACGGGAGCGGAGGCUAAAGAAGAACUUGGCCCUGAGUCGGGAAAGUUUAGUCGUCUGACCUCAUGUUUUGUAUGUAGUUUUUGUACUUUUUUUUUUUUAAUUUGAGGGAGUAUUGAUGAAGAUCUUGUAAAUCUAAUAAAAUGACAAUCAUAAAAGUGA